AUGGAUGAGGAGUGGGCGUUGCUGGAUCCUGACCAGAGAGCUCUACAUAAGGACAUCAUGGAGGAGAAUUGUGGGAUAGUGGCCACUCUUGAUUGUGAUGAAUUGGAAAUCGAGAACAAGGAUGACCAAGAUAAAAUUCCCAGAGAGGAAAAGCCAUGUAAAAAUUUGGAGUAUGCAGAAAGCUGCAGUCAGAGCUCCCAUUCAACCUCCAAUAAACAAAAUCUCAUUGGAAAGAAAUGCUAUCAGUGCAAGGAAUGUGGAAAGGACUUCAGGAAGAGCACCUCUCUCACUUCCCAUCAAAGAAUUCAUACAGGGGAGAAACCAUAUCAGUGUGUGGAAUGUGGAAAGAGCUUCAGUCAGAGCUCCCAUCUCACUUCCCAUCAAAGAAUUCAUACAGGGGAUAAACCCUAUCAGUGCUUCGAAUGUGGAAAGAGCUUUAGUCACAGCCACAGUCUCACUUCCCAUCAAAGAAUUCAUACAGGGGAUAAACCCUAUCAGUGUAUGGAAUGUGGAAAGAGCUUUAGUCACAGCUAUUGUCUCACUUCCCAUCAAAGAAUUCAUACAGGGGAGAAACCAUAUCAGUGCAUGGAAUGUGGAAAGAGCUUCAGUAAGAAAGUGAAACUCACUUCCCAUCAAAGAAUUCAUACAGGGGAGAAGCCCUAUCAGUGUGUGGAAUGUGGAAGGAGCUUCAGUCAGAGCUCCAAUCUCACUUCCCAUCAAAGAAUUCAUACAGGGGAGAAACCAUAUCAAUGUGUGGAAUGUGGAAUUAGCUACAGUCAGACCUCCUCUCUCACUUCCCAUCAAAAAAUUCAUACAGGGGAGAAACCCUAUCAGUGCUUCGAAUGUGGAAGGAGCUUCAGUCAUAACUCCCAUCUCACUUCCCAUCAAAGAAUUCAUACAGGGGAGAAACCCUAUCAUUGUGUGGAAUGUGGAAAGAGCUUCACUGAUGGCUCCUCUCUAACUUCCCAUCAAAGAAUUCAUACGGGGGAGAAACCCUAUCGGUGCUUCGAAUGUGGAAAGAGCUUCAGUCAGAGCUCCAGUCUCAUUUCCCAUCACAGAAUUCAUACAGGGGAGAAACCCUAUCAGUGUUUGGAAUGUGGAAGGAGCUUCAGUCAGAGCUCCAAACUCACUUUCCAUCAAAGAAUUCAUACAGGGGAGAAACCAUAUCGGUGCUUUGAAUGUGGGAAGAGCUUCAGUAGGAAGGACAGUCUCAUUUCCCAUCAAAGAGUUCAUACAAGGAAGAAUCCCUAUCAGUGUGUGAAAUGUGGAAAGAGCUUCACUGAUAGUUCCUCUCUCACUUCCCAUCAAAGAAUUCAUACAGGGGAUACACCCUAUCAGUGCGUGGAAUGUGGAAAGAGCUUCAGUCACAGCUCCAAACUCACUUCCCAUCACAGAAUUCAUACAGGGGAGAAACCCUAUCAGUGUUUGGAAUGUGGAAGGAGCUUCAGUCAGAGCUCCAAACUCACUUUCCAUCAAAGAAUUCAUACAGGGGAGAAACCAUAUCAGUGCUUUGAAUGUGGAAAGAGCUUCGGUACAAAGGGGAGUCUCACUUCCCAUCAAAGAAUUCAUACAGGGGAGAAACCAUAUCAGUGCUUUGAAUGUGGAAAGAGCUUCAGUAGGAAGGACAGUCUCACUUCCCAUCAAAGAAUUCAUAUAGGGGAGAAACCCUUUCAGUGCGUUGAAUGUGGAAAGAGCUUCAGUCAGAGAUCCAAACUCACUUCCCAUCAAAGAAUUCAUACAGGGGAGAAACCAUAUCAGUGCUUUGAAUGUGGAAAGAGCUUCGGUACAAAGGGGAGUCUCACUUCCCAUCAAAGAAUUCAUACAGGGGAGAAACCCUAUCAGUGUUUGGAAUGUGGAAGGAGCUUCAGUCAGAGCUCCAAACUCACUUCCCAUCAAAGAAUUCAUACCGGGGGGAAACCAUAUCAGUGCUUUGAAUGUGGAAAGAGCUUCAGUAGGAAGGACAGUCUCACUUCCCAUCAAAGAAUUCAUACAGGGGAGAAACCCUAUCAUUGUUUGGAAUGUGGAAGGAGCUUCAGUCAGAGCUCCAAUCUCACUUCCCAUCAAAGAAGUCAUACAGGGGAGAAACCCUAUCAGUGUGUGAAAUGUGGAAAGAGCUUCACUGAUAGUUCCUCUCUCACUUCCCAUCAAAUAAUUCAUACAGGGGAGAAACCCUAUCAGUGCAUGGAAUGUGGAAAGAGCUUCAUUCAGAGCUCCUCUCUCACUUCCCAUCAAAGAAUUCAUACAGGAGAGAAACCCUAUCAGUGUGUAGAGUGUGGAAAGAGCUUCAGUCACAGCCACAGUCUAAGUUACCACCAGAGAAUUCAUACAGGAGAGAAACCCUAUCAGUGCGUGGAAUGUGGAAAGAGCUUCAGUCAGAGCUCCAAACUCACUUCCCAUCAAAGAAUUCAUACAGGGGAGAAACCAUAUCAGUGCUUUGAAUGUGGAAAGAGCUUCAGUAGGAAGGACAGUCUCACUUCCCAUCAAAGAAUUCAUACAGGGGAGAAACCCUAUCAGUGUGGGGAAUGUGGAAAGAGCUUCAGUCAGAGCUCCUCUCUCGCUUCCCAUCAAAGAAUUCAUACAGGUGAGAAACCAUAUCAGUGUGUGGAAUGUGGAAAGAGCUUCACUGAUAGCUCCUCUCUCACUUCCCAUCAAAGAAUUCAUACAGGGGAGAAACCGUAUCAGUGUGUGGAAUGUGGAAAGAGCUUCAGUCAUAGCUCCUCCCUCACUUCCCAUCAAAGAAUUCAUACAGGUGAGAAACCCUAUCAGUGCUUCGAAUGUGGAAAGAGCUUCAUUCAUGGUUCACACCUCACUUCCCAUCAAAGAAUUCAUACAGGGGAGAAACCCUAUCAGUGUGUGGAAUGUGGAAAGAGCUUCAGGAAGAACAUCCACCUCACUUCCCAUCAAAGAAUUCAUACAGGGGAGAAACCAUAUCAGUGUGUGGAAUGUGGAAAGAGCUUCAGUCAGAGCUACUAUCUCACUUCCCAUCAAAGAAUUCAUACAGGGGAGAAACCAUAUCAGUGCGUGGAAUGUGGAAAGAGCUUCAGUCAGAGCUACUAUCUCACUUCCCAUCAAAGAAUUCAUACAGGGGAGAAACCCUACCAGUGUGUGGAAUGUGGAAAGAGCUUCAGGAAGAACAUCCAUCUCGCUUCCCAUCAAAGAAUUCAUACAGGGGAGAAACCCUAUCAGUGUGUGGAAUGUGUAAAGAGCUUCAGUAAGAAGGAGAGUCUCACUUCCCAUCAAAGAAUUCAUACAGGGGAGAAACCCUAUCAGUGCUUUGAAUGUGGAAAGAGCUUCAGGAAGAAGUUUGGUCUCACUUCCCAUCAAAGAAUUCAUACAGGGGAGAAACCCUAUCAGUGUGUGGAAUGUGGAAAGAGAUUCACUGAUCGCUCCACUCUCAAUUCCCAUCAAAGAAUUCAUACAGGGGAGAAACCCUACCAGUGUGGGGAAUGUGGAAAGAGCUUUAACCAAAGCGCCCAUCUCACUUCCCAUCAAACAAUUCAUACAGGGGAGAAACCUUAUCAGUGUGUGGAAUGUGGAAAGAGCUUCAGGAAGAAAGACAGUCUUACUUGCCAUCAAAGAAUUCAUACAGGGGAGAAACCCUAUCAUUGUGUGGAAUGUGGAAAGAGCUUCAGUAACAGCUCCCAUCUCACUUCUCAUCAAAUAAUUCAUACAGGGGAGAAACCAUAUCAGUGUGUGGAAUGUGGAAAGAGCUUUAGUUACAGCCGGAGUCUCACUUCCCACCAAAGAAUUCAUACAGUGGAGAAACCUUAUCAGUGCAUGGAAUUUGGAAAGAGCUUCAUUCAGAGCUCCUCUCUCACUUCCCAUCAAAGAAGUCAUACAGGGGAGAAACCAUAUCAGUGCUUUGAAUGUGGAAAGAGCUUUAGUUACAGCCACAGUCUCACUUCCCAUCAAAAAAUUCAUACAGGGGAGAGACCCUAUCAGUACCUGGAAUGUGAAAAGAGCUUUAUUUACAGCCACAGUCUCACUUCCCAUCAAACAAUUCAUACAGGGGAGAGACCCUAUCAGUGCCUGGAAUGUGAAAAGAGCUUCAGUAAGAAGGAGAAUCUCACUUCCCAUCAAAGAAUUCAUACAGGGGAGAAACCAUAUCAGUGCAUGGAAUGUGGAAAGAGCUUCAGGCAGAGGUCAAUUCUCACUUCCCAUCAAAGAAUUCAUACAGAAGAGAAACCUUUUCAGUGCUUUGAAUGUGGAAAGAGCUUCAGUCACAGCCACAGUCUCACUUCCCAUCAAAGAAUUCAUACAGGGGAGAAACCCUUUCAAUGCGUUGAAUGUGGAAAGAGCUUCAUUGAUAGCUCCGAACUCAGUUCCCAUAAAAGAAUUCAUACAGGGGAGAAACCAUAUCAGUGCAUGAAAUGUGUAAAGAGCUUCAGUAAGAAGGAGAGUCUCACUUCCCAUCAAAGAAUUCAUACAGCGGAGAAAUCCUAUCAGUGUGUGGAAUGUGGAAAGAGCUUCAGACAGAGCUCCUCUCUCACUUCCCACCAGAGAAUUCACACAGGGGAGAAACCCUAUCAGUGUGUGGAAUGUGGAAAGAGCUUCAGACAGAGCUCUUCUCUCACUUCCCAUCAAAGAAUUCAUACAGCGGAGAAACCCUAUCAGUGUGUGGAAUGUGGAAAGACCUUCAGACAGAGCUCCUCUCUCACUUCCCAUCAAAGAAUUCAUACAGGGGAGAAACCAUAUCACUGUGUGGAAUGUGGAAAGAGCUUCAGUAAGAAGGAGAGUCUCACUUCCCAUCAAAGAAUUCAUACAGGGGAGAAACCAUAUCAGUGUGUAGAAUGUGGAAAGAGCUUCAGGAAGAACAUCCAUCUCACUUCCCAUCAAAGAAUUCAUACAGGGGAGAAACCCUAUCAGUGCAUGAUAUGUGGAAACAGCUUCAGUCAGAGGUCCUCUCUCACUUUCCAUCAAAGAAUUCAUACAGGGGAGAAACCCUAUCAGUGCAUGAUAUGUGGAAAGAGCUUCAGUCAGAGGUCCUCUCUCACUUCCCAUCAAAGAAUUCAUACAGCGGAGAAACCCUAUCAGUGUGUGGAAUGUGGAAAGACCUUCAGACAGAGCUCCUCUCUCACUUCCCAUCAAAGAAUUCAUACAGGGGAGAAACCCUAUCAGUGCAUGGAAUGUUACAAGAGCUUCAGACAGAGCUCCAAACUCACUUCCCAUAAAAUAAUCCAUAUGCAGUUUGGAAAAACAAUUAUACAGUCUAAUCAGCACCUUUUUAACCAGACCUUUUCCUGAUUCAUAUCUAAUGCCCUUUUAAAAUGUGGUGUUUUGUGUUUUUAUGUUGUGUUUUUAUGUUGUAACCAUCCUGAGACCCGUGGGUGUAGGGAAUAGGUGCCAACUCUUAAAGGCCCAGG